AUGCGGGAAUUUAGUUACUUCCUGGUGCUUUUCAGCACGAUCUUCUCGCUAACCCAUGGCAGCUAUGUUCCAACAUCUCAAACGAAGGUAGACGGACUACCGGUGAAGUACGCAAGUAAAGAGUUCCUGGAGAAACAAAAGUUCUUUUUUGAAAUACUACGUCACAUACACCAGCCGAUCUCAUUUGAAGAGUAUCUGCCAUUCACUGGGCGUUGGGUGGGCGAUACAAGCAAGUAUGUGAAUUACACCGAAGUGAACGAAUUUCUGCAAACAUUCGAGCAAGGAUUGCUGAAAAAAGGCGAAAUAUUUACGAUCUACAACUACUGGUAUGCUAAGCAGACACUCCAAUUGUACCGGUUUUUUGAGAAUGCCAUCGAUUGGGACACGUACUAUAAGAAUGUUGUAUGGGCACGGGAAAAUAUUAACGAAGGAAUGUUUUUGUGCGCCCUGACGCUUUCCGUGCUACACCGGAAGGACCUCGAAGGUAUCAUUUUACCGGCCAUUUACGAAAUCUACCCACACUACUUUUUCAACGGUGACGUCUUUCACGAUGCCUCCAACCGACGCAGCAUGGAGCCAGAGUACGGGUUUUAUGGUAACAAGCGACACAACGUGGCGCAAUCCAACUAUUCCGCAUUCUUCGCCACACAGUUUUAUGGCGAAGGUUCCCUGUCGUACUUCACGGAGGAUGUGGGUUUGAACGCUUACUACUACUAUUUCAUGAUGGACUACGCGCCGUUCCUUGGAGGAGAUAAACUUGGCCUGAAGAAUGACCGCAGGGGGGAGCUUUACUUAUUCAUGCAUCAGCAGCUACUGGCCCGAUACUACUUGGAGCGCAAUUCGAACGGCCUGGGACCGAUUCAGGAGUUGACGUGGGAAUCACCGAUCGCAACGGGAUACUAUCCGAUGCUUCAGUACUGGAAUGGCGUUCCGUUCAGGUCUCGUGAAAGUAACUUCCUUUGGCGCCCGUAUGAUCCCAUCAAACUCACCGGAAUUAAAGCCCACGAAGAGCGUGUCCGACAGGCGAUCGAUCUGGGAUAUGUCACGACCCGCGAUGGCCAGCAGCUAAAUUUGCGCCAGUGGGAGGCAAUCGAUAUCGUUGGAAAUCUUGUGAGUGGUAACGUCGACAGCGUAAAUGUGGAUUAUUACAAAAUGAUCGAGACUGCUGCUCGAAUGAUAUUGGCUCAGGGAGACUACUACGGGUCAUCCAGUGAGGUAUGGCCGGGUGUACUGAUGCACUACGAAACGUCGAUGCGUGAUCCUGUGUUCUACCAGUUUUAUCAGAGAUUGCUCGGCUUUUACUGGGAUUUCAAGAGCUACCUGCCACCGUACACGGUGGAGCAGCUGAAGUUUGAUGGCGUCGAGAUUAAGAGUGUAUAUGUAGAAAAACUUGUAACAUUCUUCGAGCCGUUCGAUGUGGACAUCAGCAAUGGGCUUGGGUUUAACUACGGUGGUGGACGAUCGACAUGGAACUUCAGCGUUUACGCGCGAAAGGACCGCCUGAACCACAAACCCUUCAGCUAUGUACUUAACGUUAGCUCCCAAUUCGCCGGUAAAGGUGUCGUUCGGAUGUACAUGGGUCCCAAGAUGUACAAUCUCGGUCAGCUGCAAUACAUGAAGAAGCUGUUCGUCGAAAUGGACCAGUACGUGGUAGAUCUGGUUGUGGGUGACAAUCAGAUAAAGCGAAACACUCGCGAUUUCUACUACGACAUCCGGGACAAGACAACGUAUUCCGAGCUAUACAUGCGAAUUAUGAAAGCGUACCGGGGCGAAGAGCAAUUUGUGCUCGACAUGUCCGAGGUGCAUUGCGGUUGGCCUGAUCGGCUCCUGUUGCCUAAGGGUCAACCCAACGGUUAUCCGCUGAGUUUCUUCUUCAUCAUUACGCCCUACUACCCACCGGCGAGAGAACAAUUUUCGACAUUUGAUGCUACGUACACGUGCGGUACUGGAUCAGGAUCGAAGUACAUCGAUGCGUUGCCGUUUGGUUUUCCUUUCGAUCGGGAGAUCAACUUUAGCAACUUUGUUACGAAAAAUUUGAUCUUCACUGAUGUGUCCGUAUACCAUGUGAAUGGAAAUCAACAGAAUGAGUCACACUGAUUCUUCAGUAAUAAUGAUAGUGUAUUUUUUCGCUAUUGAUCGAAUAAAAUAAAUUUGUACAAUUCUGAAUU